UCGUCAACCAAGUGAUGAUAUUAUUCAGACUGUGAGCUAGCAAAAUCAAGCAGAGCACCGAGAAUUCAGUUUCUACUGGAGAAAGUCAGGCUGCUCAAAAACGAAAGUUAUCCCACAUUCCACAUUAUAAAUUAUAAUUUAUAAUACAUAAUGUACUGUACAUUAACGUCUUAGUUGUGCUUUUGACAGCUUUGUUUUUGGUUUUAACUAACUGCUUGUGAAGCGGUUAACCAACUACACAAUAGUGGAUUGAUUGCGGUGUGAUAAUCAGUGUGUGUUGCGUGAGGUUAAUAAAAAGGGUCCGAGGAACGGCGCCUUCCAUCCGAAGGUCAGACUUCGAAAGGAAAUCCGUGAAUAUAUAUUAUGUAAUAGUGAGAGACAUCAUCAACCAGUGUUAAAAUUUCUCUACCAAAAGUCAUCCAACGUCGUCGUCGUCGUGUUGUGGUUUAUGUUCCAGUCAAUAAUAUCAAUUAAUAGCUGGACUAGACUUGAAAGUUAUUAGUGUACCAUCACCAGUGACAGCCAGCAUAUAUAUUACACAUCAGCAGUUGGUGCUCUGUAAAGCAAUUUUCAUGUAACGUACUGAAAAUGCUAUAAAAUAUAUGAGCAUUGUGUUCAAUUGCUGCAACCGCAAAUAUAUAAAACACACCACACUCACUCAAGUACUACUUUCCGGGUCGUAGCGAAUUAUUUAUCAAAACAUUCAACACCAACCAAGCCAAGUAGCAACCAGCCAGGACACCACGUCAACUUGUGCUCCAUUCUCCUGUGCAAAUUCCCCAAUCCAAUCAUUUCUACUUGACAAACCCCAAGCCAACUUUUGCUGUUGCUGCUGUUAUUAUUUUAAUUGACAGGAGCAAUAUUUGUUAAUUAAUUUGGAAUCCGUGUGUGAGGAGGGAGUGGUCGACAGUGAAAACCCAGACAAACAAGAAUACUUCGCCGUCACGAACGUGCCCCCUUGGGAAUCGGUAGUUGUCCCUGCAAAAUCCACAUUACCACACUUCACCUGUUGUCCGCAGCGUUGUUGGUUGGUCAUUUUGUAGCAUCUCUUUGGAGCGGAAACCUGUGAGAGAAGAAGCACCCUUGCUUUGGCCCCAUUGUCCUCGAGACCUGUCCGUGGAGUCGCCCCUUUGUACAGCAAAGUGAGUUCAUUUUUGAAUCACUUUGUGGAUUGUGUUGGAGGAGGAGGAGUUGUGGUCAUAAUAAGUGACGGGUUCUCAUAAAGGAGAACCAAUUUCCAAGUUUAAGUGCAUCGUCUCAGAUCAGUGUCUCUAUGCUUGACAAAAUCCGAUAACGAACUAAGACAAGCUAGGAACAAAGUCAGACAGGAAACGUCGUCAAAUUAAUGAAUGCAAAGCGUCCAAGUCAUAAUGAGGACAAGCCGUUUUCCUGAUUAUCUAGCAAAUUGGUUUGCUACCUUGCCUGUGACGAGUUGAGCUUAUUAUAGUGUGCUCCCACCACCAUCAGUAUCACGACUACGACGACUUGCCUCUUGUUCCUGUUAUUCAGAUCACACACACGAAGAAGAUGGGUUGCGCCAUGUCCGCAGAGGAGAGGGCCGCACUGGCGCGGUCCAAGCAGAUAGAAAAGAACUUGAAGGAAGAUGGACUGCAGGCGGCCAAGGAUAUCAAGCUGCUGCUCCUGGGUGCUGGAGAGUCCGGGAAAAGUACAAUAGUGAAGCAGAUGAAAAUCAUUCACGAAAGCGGAUUCACCUCCGAAGACUUUAAGCAGUAUCGUCCUGUAGUCUACAGCAACACAAUACAAUCCCUCGUGGCCAUUCUAAGAGCGAUGCCCAACCUAGGAAUAAGUUUUGGCAGCAACGAACGGGAACAGUCGGACGCGAAAAUGGUGUUUGAUGUCAUUCAACGGAUGGAGGACACAGAGCCGUUCUCAGAAGAGCUGCUCGGAGCAAUGAAAAGGUUAUGGCACGAUGGUGGGGUGCAGGAAUGCUUUGGGAGGUCGAACGAGUACCAGCUUAACGACUCUGCAAAAUAUUUCUUGGAUGACCUGGAUCGGUUGGGGACGAAGGAUUAUCAACCUACGGAACAAGACAUUUUGCGCACCCGUGUCAAAACCACUGGAAUUGUCGAAGUCCACUUCUCAUUUAAAAAUCUCAACUUCAAACUUUUCGAUGUCGGUGGGCAACGUUCGGAAAGAAAAAAGUGGAUACAUUGUUUUGAAGAUGUGACUGCCAUAAUAUUCUGUGUUGCAAUGUCGGAGUAUGAUCAGGUUUUACACGAGGACGAGACGACGAACCGAAUGCAAGAGAGCUUGAAACUGUUUGAUUCGAUUUGUAACAACAAGUGGUUCACGGACACAUCCAUCAUUCUUUUCCUGAACAAAAAAGAUCUCUUUGAAGAAAAAAUUAAAAAGUCUCCCCUCACCAUUUGUUUCCCGGAAUAUACAGGUGCCCAAGAGUAUGGAGAGGCAGCCGCAUACAUCCAGGCCCAAUUUGAGGCGAAAAAUAAGUCGACGACAAAAGAAAUCUACUGCCACAUGACUUGCGCAACGGAUACGACAAAUAUACAGUUCGUCUUUGACGCCGUCACAGACGUGAUCAUAGCAAACAAUUUGCGCGGAUGCGGUCUUUACUAAAAUAUCUCACACUACUAUCUGCUAACUAAUUAUUUACUAGAAUAUUUUACAGCAGUCAUUCGUUGUAUUAUUAUUACGACUAGUUAUUAUUAUGUACUAUAUUAUAUGAUAGUCUGCCCACCAUUUGAGUCACACAUUCUCUCAGUUAUGAACUACUAAUUAAGGUUACAUCUUUAUGUACGAGUGCCAUUUUAAGCACGCUGACACUGACUGUAAACUGGGAAAAUAGAUCCAGUAUUGGUCUACGAGAAAAUGAAUCACGUAAAUUAUUCCAAACUAUUACAACAACUGUAUUUAUAUCAUAACUUGUAUGCUUAUAUCUACGUAAACUAGUGGACUAGUAGAAUCGGAUGUAAUAUUACUACUACUUGCGUAGGUAAUACUGCUAAUUACUUUAGAUGUAAUUCGUAACAUCCGGUUGUGUUUGGCUUACUGGGACUAAAUACAAGUAACAGAUUAACUAUAAAUCUAUUACCAAACUAGGUCAGGUUAAUUGUCUCUAGAGAAGCAGAUGAUAAUUCUGAGUACCUAUCCAUCUAUAAGCUAUGUACAGGCGGCGGAUAAAUAUUCAGUAAAACGAGGAGUAGGAAGAUGAUGAUGCAACGGCGGUGGCGAAGAGUUGAGUGAGGACGACAAGGGAGCAAGUAAAAUUGGUUCGAAAUGCGGACAAGGAUAAAAAAAAUAAGUAAAAGAGAAACAGGAGAAGAAGGAAGAACAAGUUGUUAUAUUUAGCUUUUGGUCAAAUACUGUUGGGCAUUUGACCAGUUAUCUACGGGUUUUAUUACGGCGUGCAUGAAUCCGAUUAUACCAAGACUACCAAUAAUAUUUACACAGGCCAUCGAAUUUUAAUGGACACAUGACUGCACAACGUUUACUGCGCUGCAGAUGUACAUAUGUCUAACAUGAAACCAUUGAUGAUGCUUGUUGCUAUUUAUGAUGUGGUACUCAACAAGGUGGUCCUUAUACAGUAGUCGCAUUUGGGACUGUGUUUUUUAGAAGAAGAAGAUGACUAGAAAUAAACACGAAAAUGUUUGGCGAAAAAUUUGGACCAUCUUGCAAAUCGCCAGGCUCCAUUUUUCUGUAAACGAUCGAGAUUAAGAAACCGAAUAGUUUGUUGUUGAGCUUUUAUGUUCUCUCAUUAUUAUUUUUUCAAUGCACUAUAUUUACUAUUUACUACCACUGACUUAACGAAAUUCCAUUUAUUUAUUUUAUCGGAAGCCCUUAGGGGACAGUAUUUUCAGUUACUUUUCAGUCACUGCUAUUUUUGCAAUUAAUUCUAUCAUUGUUGUUAUCUAUAUUUAUAAAUAGCUAUAUGCAAAAAUUAAUUUAUGCAAUUUUUAAGAACCAGUUACUUACUACUACCACACCACCACCCGACUACAUACUACAUAGAACGUCGCACAAUUGAUAAAAAAAAUGUCUGUAAGCCCUCGAAUACCUUUGAAAUAUAAUAAAAUAUAUGUCAAAGUUUUCCCAAUCUGUUGGCAAGUAUGCGUGGGUAUAAAAAAAAGUAUUAUAUGAUCAACAAUAUGCUUGAUGAUUGUGUUAAACUCAAAAUGCAGAUGGGCACAAAUGAAUAUUUCAAUUUUCCAUGUUGCUGUUUACAUAAUUCUCUAUUUUUUAUCUGUUUUAAUUCACCACUUUUUAUUAGUGAUUUGUAUGACUAAAAAAAUCGAUCGCUCGUAUGUUGUUCUUUUUCAUUUUUAAACAAUUUCUUUUUUAAGAAUUGACAGUGAUUACAUUUAUCUAUUAAUCAAUUAACGUAUGGUUGACAGGUAUGUAUGUGUCCCUGCAAGACUAAACUACAUACAUACAGAUAUAUUACAUAAUAUAUUAUAUGUCCAGUAUGCGUUCAAUUCAAAUGUGAACAAUUCAAUGGAUCUUUAUCGCCAAUUUAUUUGUUAUAUGUAUGUAACAAUGCUCUAAUGUCUACCGUUUUAGGGGGUCUGACUUGGUACUCAAAAUAAAAGCUUAUUGUUUUGUGUAAAAGCUGAA